AAUUUAAACACUCCGGAUCUGUGUGUGUGUGUGUGUGUGUGUGUGUGUGUGUGUGUGUGUGUGUGUGUGUGGACACUGGGAGAUAAUGCCGUGUUAUUUUACAGAUUAGUCUUCCGGUUUAUUUCAGAACCAGCUCCCUCCUCCUCCUCCUCCUCCUCCUCCUCCUCCAUCAUCAUCAUCUGCCCGGGUCUUCAUCACUGAGAUGGCGAGUCCUCGAACCCGACGUGUUCUGAAGGAAGUCAGGACCAAUGACGGAAAUAAUGUGUGUUUUGAGUGUGGGGCGUUUAACCCUCAGUGGGUGAGUGUGACGUAUGGAAUAUGGAUCUGCCUGGAAUGUUCUGGAAAACACAGAGGACUCGGAGUUCACCUCAGCUUUGUGCGCUCGGUGUCGAUGGAUAAGUGGAAGGAUGUGGAGCUGGAGAAGAUGAAGGCCGGAGGAAACGAGAGGUUCCGUCUGUUUCUGGAACUGCAGGACGAUUACAACCCCAACUGGACCUUACAGGACAAAUACAACAGCCGAGCUGCAGCACUGUUCAGAGACAAGGUGGCGACUGAGGCAGAAGGUAAAGAGUGGUCAAUUGAAAGCUCCAUUGCUAAAAACUGGACUCCUCCUCAGCCGAAGACUGCACUCUCAUCAUCACACCGUGCAGCAGGUUCCACUCAGAUGUCCUCACACUCUGACAAGGCGUUUGAGGACUGGCUCAGUGACGAUGUGAACUCUUACCAAGGUGGAGGAGGCGGAGCUCAGGAGAAUCGCUACGUGGGAUUUGGAAACACACCGAAUCCUCCGAAAAAGGACGAUGACUUCAUCAAUAACGCCAUGACGUCCAUUUACUCAGGCUGGAGCAGUUUCACAGUUGGAGCCAGUAAAUUCGCAGCAGCUGCAAAAGAUAAUACAGCAAAACUGGCCAGUCAGGCGUCUCUGAAGGAGGCGGAAUCUUCAGCGGUCAGGGAGGACAAAUCAGGGGAAGCCUGGGGGGUGACUGAAUUAGGCCAAACUUUAAAUGACAGUGUUAUCAAACCCACUCAGGAGAAGGUUAAAGAUGGAAAGUUGUUUGAUGACGUCUCCGGCAGCUUCAAUGACUUUGCCUCCAAGGUUCAGGGUGCUGGAGCUAAAGGUUGGAAGGACAUGAGCUCAUUCUUCAGCGGAAAACCGGCCGAAGCUUCUGACGGUCCUGCAGGGGGCGAUGUGUAUCACGGUGAAUCUGCAGGAUAUCAGAACAGCGACGGAAUCGAUCAGAGUUUCUGGGAUUCGUUCGGCGGUAACGAGAACAAGACGAAGAAGUCCCAGAGCAGCGAGAGCUGGACCCAGGUGGAGAACUCGGGCGGGAAGAAGAGCUCGGACAGCUGGGAGAACUGGGGCUCCGACAACAAGCACAGCACCGGGGACAGCUGGGAGAACUGGGAGAACCACUGGGAGAACGGCGGAGACAACAAGAGCAAGAAGAGCCCGAAAGCCGAAGAGGAGGCAUGGGAUAACGCUAACUGGUAGAACAGCUGUUUUAUCCCGCGUGUAAAUGGUGAACUGGAGAAAAUGUAAUGAUGAAACCAUCUCAUUCUUCCUGUUCUGAUCUCAUGCCUUUCAUCAUCAUCAUCAUCAUCAUCAUCACACACUUCUCCACAAUCUCUACACUUCUCCUUCCUGUCCAUCAUGACCCAGCACUUUACCCCAUCACACACACACACACCAUUCCUCCUCUGACCCAAACUGAGAAAUUCACCAGGACUGGUUUUACUGGAAUGUCGGGGAUUUGGGCUCCAACGGUAGAAUUCGUGAGUUUUAUUUAACUCUGUGUGACGAAUUAAUCGUUAGCUCUUAUAGCAAAGAAAAAAAGGUGAGCUGAUGUUGAGCUAAUGCUAGUUAGCGUGUAAUGCAUGGCACAUGUCAGGUUGUGCUAGUGUUACCAUAGCAAUGAGACAACCGUGGCAUAUAUUCCGAAUAUUGAAGAAGACAGACAGCUGUCUGUCUAUCUCUCUCAAACACACACACACACACACACACACACACACACACAGCCAGGUGUUUGAAUGCUCCUAUUUAAGUCAUGUUGUAUAAAUAUAGUUGUUGUUGAUGUGUUUGUGUGUGUGAUGAUUAAUUCCAAUUUAAAGUGUAAUGUUGAUGAUGUCACUUCCUGCAUGUAUAGAAACAGGAAGUGUGUGUGCUGUAAAAUAUGGAGCCUUUCCUCUUCCUCUCAUGUUUUCCACCUGUAUAUCCUGAAUAUCAGAAUAUUUUUGUUCAGCUGAUCUUCACUAGCGUUAAUGUGCUGUUUAUUCCUGAUGAUGAUUUUAUUUCUGUCUGAAAAAAUCCUGAUCUUUAUAAAAGUAUUCAAUCUGAUUAAAGAAUAAA